AGUACAAGGUGCGCGCUUACGCCCAGAAUAUUAUCAGUACUACUACUAGGCCUAGUUCUUGGUUCAUUUCCGAUCUGCAGCUACAGAGGAAAGGACGAAGAAAACCUCUCUGAAGACCAAGGAAACGGACAAUAAUGGGUUCUUUGAGCCUCCUUGUCGCUGUCAUGGCGAUGGUUGGGGCUUUGACUGGCAGUCCCCUGCUCGCCACUGGAUCACCAGUUACUACACCUAAAGGCUUGGGCGCAAUCCGAAACGCGUCAUUGACAAUGUUAUCAAAGACUCGCUUUGUGAUUAGUUUCCUGGCACCUGACGAUGGAUUCAAUGUCGCAGUGUUGACGGUUGAGUACAACAUUACCGCACCUGGGAAGAAAACUAGCCCUGGUUACGUGGAUCUUAGCAGACACCGUGAUCCUGACCACGUGUACAGUGUGGGAGUAGGUGAAGUAAAAUCACCUGGAGCCUUGGUUCGGGUAGCGAUUUUCGCAAGGACGGCACAGAGUAACGGUCAGGGACCUUCUUUGAUUUUGAAGACGACAAUGCCGUCAUAUCCUGCCACUUACAUCCCGACCCCGGUAAAACAUAUACCAGGUUAUGGUGAGGCCAGUCAUGUCCAGCACACGGUUCUGUCAAGUUCUACCAUGCGGAUAACAUGGCGUGCACCCCCAGCUCCUUUUAGUCUGACGACCGGCUCACAGAACCCAUCUCCGUCAUAUUUCUUCAGCGUUUUUUGGUACGAUAUCUAUUACCCUUGGGUUGUGAUGCCGAUGGACCAAACUUUCCAAAAUUACAGCUUUUGUUGGACGGCUCGCAUCAACGCAACAAUGGAUUUAAAUCAGGAAUACAGCUUAACGUGCAGCAAUAUUCCAACUGGCCGACUUAUGAACAUUGCCAUAUUCACGAUGCCGAUAAUCCCGCGGCUUGGUCGGUCCCAAUAUCUGGGUAAACACACAAUUUACUACACCGGGACAUUCUUUUCGGACCUCUUUUACCUUAGCACGGGCCAGCCACAGGAGAUAAUUGUGAAUAGGGUGGUAAGUUUGCAAUUGCCUUUAACGUUCUGUUGUGCAUAUUGAUUGUAAUUAUUAUGGAGUGAUUGCUAUCUAGAACUGUG